AUGGAUGCUCCAGAGCAGGACUAUGACACAAAGCUGCAAAAAGCUUCCCACGAACUUCUUGCCGAGUUCGAUAAGUUCCUCUCUAAUUUUUUCCGUAAAUCUGAUGGCAAGGGAGGUUCUCGAGUCCGCUCUCGUGUCCGGGCCCGAGAGGUGCAUUGGGCAACCAGCAACUGCCUAGAUCCCUUUCAAGAACUCCCUCAGCUGUUAGAUCCCUAUCUGUCAAAAUGGAUUCCUCUGCUCUCAAAGACGUAUCUGGAGCGGCUCCAGUCGAGACGUCCUGAGAAGAAGAGUGCUGAUCUUUCAAACCUCUUGGUGCCUGUAGAGUUUGCUAUAUGCAAGAUACUCUACACCUUCUGCAAGAUAAGAGGAGAGAAGGUCAUAGUCCACUUCCUGAACGUAGAGGCCAAGUACUUGGAGCUUCUACUGGGGGACAUUGAGGAGGCAGAGCCUUCUACGGGAGAGUCGCCCGCUAAUACAUGGUCUUGGGAGCAGCGCUACAUCGUCCUUCUGUGGCUGUCACACCUGUUACUCGCUCCCUUUGACUUAUCCACCAUCUCAUCUGUUGAGUUGGAUGAUGCAGCCGCCUCGGACGUUCCUGGCUUGCGGCUGCCGCCCAAUUUGCCAGGCAUCGCGCUGAGGGCCAUCCCCCUUUCCAUCAAGUAUCUCGCUUCUCCAGGAAAGGAGCGGGAUGGUGCAAAGGCCCUUCUAGUCAGGAUAACCAUGCGGAGAGACAUGCAGCAGCUUGGUAUUCUGGAUAGUCUGGUGCAGUGGUCUCUCUCAUCUCUACGGCCAAAGGACGAUGGCUCGCCUUCAACCCCCUACUUCUACCUGGGCAUUCUUUCUUACCUCGCGGGGAUCCUGCAAUCAUCAUCCGACACUUCUGACAUGGAUAAAUACCUGUCUUCCAUCUUCGACACAGUUCACAGGCUCGCGCACCAGGAGGACGCGACCUCGAAGACUAUCAUAUCACUUGCUCUGGCGAGAAAGAUGAUACUCAAGGUCAUUCGCACAGUUAUUGUCUCUCUUCUCCGGCAGUCCAGGCAAGACAUGGCCAGCACAGAAUUGACAGAGACGGCAAUUGGCUACCUGCUAGAAAAUCUAUCGGAUAACGAUACUCCCGUUCGAUUCGCUGCAAGCAAGUCUCUCAGUAUCAUCACCUUGAAAUUGGAUCCCGACAUGGCCUCCCAGGUAGUGGAGGCGGUUCUGGAGUCACUUAAUCGAAAUGUCUUGUGGAAGAAGAACUCGGGCUCAAAACCUGUACGGGAUCUAUCCGCUGUGAGCCACCUCGAGUGGCACGGCCUCAUGCUCACAUUAUCCCAUCUGUUGUAUCGUCGAUCGCCUCCGGCGGAGCAGCUGGCCGACAUCAUCCAUGCAUUGCUCUUGGGUCUGUCCUUUGAGCAACGAGGGACUUCAGGUGCCAGUGUGGGUUCCAACGUGCGUGACGCUGCAUGUUUUGGUAUCUGGGCUGUUGCUCGGCGCUACACCACCAAAGAGCUUCAAGACAUUUCCACCCAGUCGGUGUUUGCGGCUAGAACCCACCCUGCCUCCAGCUCCAUACUCCAGGUUCUUGGUACCGAGUUGGUCAUGACCGCUUCUCUAGACUCUGCAGGAAACAUCCGCCGUGGUGCAUCUGCUGCAUUGCAGGAACUCAUUGGGCGGCACCCAGACACCGUAGAAAAGGGCAUAUGGGUCGUUCAAGCCGUUGACUAUCAUGCUGUUGCACGGAGGUCUAGGGCGAUGGAAGAAGUUGCUCUGAAGGCUGCAAAAUUGUCUCGACAGUACGGGGAGGCUAUCAUUGAUGGGAUCCUGACCUGGCGUGGUAUCGGUGAUGCUGAUGCAGUGUCAAGGAGAGACGCCGGGUCGGCUUUUGGAGCACUCACAGCUGAGCUUUCUUUCGAAGCCUCCGAGGACCCAUUUGCUAGGUUUACCGGGGCUAUCGACCUGUUAUCCGAUCGUCUCAAGGCAUUGGAGAAGAGACAGGUUGAGGAAAGGCAUGGCUUGCUGGUGUGCUUUGCUGCGCUCUUGAAUCAGUUCUGCCGGUGGUUCAAGGCGGCAGAUGGCGCCCAGAACAUGACUUCUCUUAUUGCCGAUAUUAUCAACCGAGUGACUGGGAUUGUAUCCGAAUACAAGACCCAGACAUACCGCCGUCCUGAGCUUAUCGCCGAGGGUGUGAGCCGGCUCGUGUCUUCUCUCGCAGCAGUGAUACAAGCUGCACUCUUGGGAGACCAGCAUGUCAACGACAUCCAAACUAUGGAUGAGCUAUUGGCACAGAAUAGUACAGCUGAGUUCCUCGACUUGGUGUCCACUGUGGACUCCGUUGCACAAAAGCCAACAGCAGUGAAGGAGCUGCUGGCCACCUUGAGAGAUGUUGUCCCAAUGUGGCUGAGCAGGACGGAAUCUGAUGUCGUGGAUUCUGCGUCCACAGCGGCUCUGGUCCUUCUGAUAUUCUCAGAGCCUGCGGAACGAGCAGACAUCCUCGCUGACUGGGCUGCAACGAUCCGUAAUCGAGGCAGCUCCGGCAAGAUCACGACUGCCGAUGGGUACUUUUACACUCUGGCUCUUGCUCAGCCACUCGUCACGACGUUCAAGCAGCCCGACGAUGACGGCAAGACCGACGUUGUUUGCGAGACCAUCCUGGCCAGGUGGAACGCGGAUGAGGCUCAGACGGGACUUGCAAAAGUCGAGACUCGAGUUGCCAUCUUACAGAGUCUCACUCGGAGCCAGAUUCUCCACAACCAGCCACUUGUGUUCCUCGACAUACUUUCUGAUGGCUUGAAUGAUUACACAACGACGGCCAGAGGUGACAUCGGGUCCCACGUCAGAGUCGAGGCCUUGCGAGCCGUGGGAUCUCUCUGGAAUAGGAUUGGCGAUGGUCCAAGCAGGCCAGAGUGGGCUGGUCCAUCCAUUAGAGCCUUGUUCUACGGUACACUUCGAUUGGCGGCGGAAAAGUUUGAUCGGGUCCGUCCAGAGGCUCAGGUUGCGUUAUCUCUGGUUCUUGAGAAACAAUAUGGUCAUGAAUUCCGAUGGCUAGGUUUGUCCUCUGAAAAGUACUUCCGCGCCCUUCUCCAACUCGUCGACUUGGACAGCCUGCCAGACGAGAUAGGGGAGAUAGCCAAGGACGAGACUGGCACAUGGAUGGCGAGUCUGAUGGCCGGCCUGGUCACGUCCGCGGACACGGGAAACGAGGACCUCGUCAUCGCUAGUCGCGCAGCUCUCACGGCAUUCUGCAAUGCCUCGCAAAGGAACCUAGACCUCGUAUAUGGAGCGCUCUUCGAUAACCUGAAAACUCGUCAGGGCGAGGACCGGGUUAUCGUCCCGACACUGGAGAUCACCGCGUUUCUCUUCCACGUCGGUGUCCUCCAGCGAAGCGAAACGAUCAACCUCCGCAGCCUGUGCCUCCAGACACAAAAGGCGGGCUACAAGACCGGCAACGUCCGCAAGCUCGAGGCCUGCGUCAAGGUCUACGGAGCGGUUGCUGCUCUGGGUGACCGCCCCGAUGACGCUGAGCCGGCCCCUACAACCACGGCGGGCAUCCAGGAGGCUCGGAAGAGACUGGGGGCUCUCCUGUUCCACCCAUGGCCCAAGGUUCGGACCAUGGUGGUGGACGAGCUCUGGGGGCUGGUUGGUGAGCGGGAAGAGGAUGGAAAUUUACUGACGGGGCUUGACUGGGGGGCAGCGGACAAGAACAAGAUCAGGACGGUCGUACAGGAUCUUAGACUUGGAUGA